CUUACUGUGAGUCACAGCACUCAAAAGGCCAGGACUCAGGAGGGCGGCAGCAGCGCCACUCAGCCCAGCUCCUGGAUCCGGCUGUGGCAAGGAAUCCUUCCCCUCGCCAUGGCUUCCCUGGGGCAGAUCAUCUUCUGGAGUAUUAUUAGCAUCAUCAUUAUUCUGGCUGGAGCAAUUGUGCUCAUCAUUGGCUUUGGUAUUUCAGGAAAACACUCUAUCACAGUCACUACUUUUACCUCAGCUGGGAACAUCGGAGAGGAUGGAAUUCUGAGCUGCACUUUUGAACCUGAUAUCAAGCUUAAUGAUAUCGUGAUUCAGUGGCAGAAAGAAGGUGUUACAGGUUUGGUCCAUGAGUUCAAAGAGGGCAAAGAUGACCUGUCAGACCAGCAUGCAAUGUUCAGAGGCCGGACAGCAGUGUUUGCUGACCAAGUGAUAGUUGGCAAUGCUUCUCUGAAACUGAAAAGUGUGCAACUCACAGAUGCUGGCACCUACCAAUGUUACAUCAUCACUUCUAAAGGGAAAGGAAAUGCUAACCUUGAGUAUAAAACUGGAGCCUUCAGUAUGCCCGUGGUGAAUGUUGACAAUAACGCGAGUUCAGAGAGCUUGCGUUGUGAGGCUCCUCGAUGGUUCCCCCAGCCCACAGUGGUCUGGUCAUCCCAAGUUGACCAGGGAGCUAACUUUUCACAAGCCUCCAACACCAGCUUUGAGCUGAACUCUGAGAAUGUGACCAUGAAGGUUGUGUCCACGCUCUACAAUGUCACAGUCAACAACACUUACUCCUGUAUGAUUGAAAACAGCAUUGCCAAAGCCACAGGGGAUAUUAAAGUGACAGAUUCUGAAAUCAAAAGGCGGAGUCACCUAGAGUUACUGGAUUCAAAGGCUUCCCUGUGUGUCUCUUCUUUCUUUGUCAUUAGCUGGAUACUCCUGCCUCUCUUCCCUUACUUGAUGCUAAAAUAAUGUGCUUUGACCACUCCAAAACAUGUCAAGUUACCGCCAUAACAGAAUCCCCAGACUCUUCAGAAAUAUUUUCCCUCAAGAUAUGACCUCCUUUUAUAUUUCUGAGGGGAAAUGAAUUCAUAUGUAGAAGUCUGGAGUGAACAAACAAGAAAAAGAAGAAAAAAGAAACCCUUAGAAGACUCCAAUAUGAACAAAAUACAUCUACCUUCAAAGACAUAUGUUAAAAGUUGGGAAAAUCAUUUGCCUGAACUAGAGAAAUGUAUUAAGACUGCAUGUGAAGAUAAGUAUUCCCAUAUCCUGGGGUCCCUCCUUACCCAUCAAUUCCUGAGGAGUGAGAGAACGCGAUAUGGUAUCUCCGAAUGCUUAGUUGUAUGUGCUAUAAUCUUGCUCUAAAGUUCUUGGAAAGUUUCAAUUACCACAUGUUCAUUUCUUAUAGUCUGCAAAUUAAACUGUAAUGUAUGUUUUAAGAGGCUGCUAAUCAGCUAUCAGUUAACAACUCAGUGGCUGCAUUUUAGUGAAGAUUCAAAUGAUUCGCUUUUCAUUAUGAUACUUUGAAUAGUUGUAUUCAGUAGAAUACAAUCAUAAGUUUAGGCUGAACCAAGUAGUUAGGUGACACUGAUUUUCUAAAUAAUAUGAACACCUUUUUUGAACAAAGAAAUACCAUUUUAUUUCUCAGGUUAUGUUGAUCUGUGAAUGGCACAGGGUCGGCCCUCUUACCUUACUAUGUUGUGAUAUGUCAUAGGCUCCUAUUUUCUGUCUUGCAAGAACAGUUAUGACCUCAGCUUUCAACAUGGUGAACCCAUGGGCAUGCUGCAGCAGGCUGUUUGCAUCACUGAACGCUCAAAGUGGUUCAUCAUCACUGAUCUAGAGCAUUAGCAUUCAGCUGGAGUGAUUGUAUUUCCCCUUGAAUCUCCCAGGAGACAUUUGUCAAUAGCUGAAGACAUUUUUAGUUGUCAACUCAUGAAAGACAGAGGACUGUGUUAGUGGCACCUAGUAGAUAGAGCUCAGGGACGCUGCUCAUCAUCUUACAAUGUGCGAGACAUUGGCCCACAACAAAGAAUCAUGUAGCCCCAAAUGUCAAUCAUGCCAAAGUUAAGAAACUCUUAGAGUAGAAAAGAAGAGAACAAACAAAUCUGCUUGCUUCCUGAAAACUGGGCAUUGGCUUCCCUCUCUUUGGCUGUUGCCUCAGCACAGAGAGCCAGAUCUCUGUGAGGGGACCAGGAUAACAUCUUUCACUGAACAGAGUCUACAGGAUGUGGGAAGUCCUCGACGGGAUCAUCUUCAGCUCACUGAGCUUCCAAGUUCUUUUCCCUUCAUUCUACCCUGCAAAGUAAGUACCACAAGAAAGCUAAGUCCUGUCUCAACCUCUCUCACUUUGAAUUUUAGAUCUCAGAAAACUGCCUGGGCAAAAUAUAAAUUAAGGCAAUAGAUAUGUUCCUUCCUUGAAACAUACAGAGCCUGCUGAGGUUUUACUCAGGGUGCUGCGUAUCAAACCCAGGGCCUUGCAAAUGUUAGGCAAGCAUUCUACCACUGAGAUACACCCAGCCCACAAAGAUAAUUCUGAAAGAAAUCAGGAGAAUGACCCUUGGAAAUAAAGCCUUGAGGAACAAAGCUUUGAUGGAAAACAGUGUGUUGUUUCUAGCACACUUCCCACACUUUUCAUGUUACCACUGCCCCUCUGGCACUCUGGACUGUAUUAUAUUUUGUUAUAGAAAACUUCAUUUUAGGGUUCUGUUCGUUUAAGAGAAUGAUUAAAUAUACAUUUCCUAUGCUGCUUUCUGCCUCAUUUAUCAAACAGAGAAAAAAGGAAGAUAGAUUGAAAAUUCAUAGAAGAUGCUCUAAAGAUUAGUACCAAGCACCUUCACAGAUAUUUUUAAAUGAAUUGGAGAUAAUGAUGGGAGACUGUGAAUACAGGCUGAAUGUCUCAGUAUAGUUUCUUAAGGAAAUUCCACUGUGCUUAUACUAACCUAGCAUGUUUCUAUCUGAUAAAAUAGUAGUGGCACAUAGAUAGAUAUACAUGAUAAAAA